GUAACCAACCUGCGUUGAAAUUAUCAAUUUAUUCUCGUUUCAGCAGAAACAACCACAUUGUUUGAGUUCUCGGUGUUCCAUUUCUGUUUCCUCAUUAUUUUCAAGAACAAGAAAAUUUGCUGGCGAUGAUAUUGCACUGUAUCUAGUCGCGGAUGGCGAAGAAGGAGAAAGCGAAGAAGAAGGAGGCGAAGGCGCCAAAGGAAGGAGGGAACGGGGGCGACAAGGGGGCGAAGAAAGCGAAAAAGGGACCGGCAAAAGCGACGCGGAAAAGCGAGGGAAAAUCCAAGGCUCGGUGCAACGUUGAUAUCUUCAACGAACACGCCAUGGAAAACGCCUACUACACCUGCCACAACGUUCAGGACCUCCUCAAGUGCCGCGGAUUUCCCUGGCCCGACCUCCAGAAGAAGAAAAAGAAGGGCAAAAAGGGAAAAUAGGAGCUUUCCCUCGGUUAAUCAUUUUCGUUGGCGCGCCACUAGUGGUCCAUUUUGGUACUAAUAUCUCCAUUUUUUGUUUUGGUCCUUAGGUGUUAAGACCCCUCUCAUAUGCGGCCACAUCUAGGACUCCGUUAGAAAAUCCUCUACCGUUGAGCCCCCCCC